AACAUACCAUGCUCUCAAAAUCUAACUAGACUGCAUAGAUUCGAUUAAUUUAGUUCAUUUUAAACUAAUAUAGUGCUAAUUAUCAGAUAAUUUCUGCACGUGACUAAAAAGACACAUGGAUUCCAUUAAUUAUUUCACGCACUGCCAUGAAACUUGAAGCUUCAUUGAAGCUGCCUCCGAUACCAUAUGAGCUCAUAUAAAGCUAGCUUUUGGGUGUGACGAACAUGUGCCAACGUUCGAUCGAUCAUAAGAAACUCAGAGCUUCGACCCACUCAAUCGAUCAUAAGUACGUGUAUAGUUCAGGAACAUGUACGGAGAGACAACCUUAGAACUAGAAUCUAACUUGGCUCUUCUUGAGUCCAUUCGCCACCAUCUUCUUGAUGAUUUGGAGCCUCAGGCAACGAGUUUUAGCGGCAAUAAUGUCUCGACUUUCCCAUUUUUCGUGACAGAGAAUUGGUGGGAAUCAUCUCUUGAAGCCGAACAUGUGCACAACACCAUGCAGGACAAGCUUGAAGUUUUGCGUGAUGUAAAUUACGUUGGAUGUGUUGUGUCCAACGACGAGGUUCAAUUGAAGGAACAAGUGGCGGAGGGUGCUGUUCACGCUCCAAGGGGGGAGAGGCAUUAUAGAGGCGUGAGGAGGAGGCCGUGGGGUAAGUUCGCAGCGGAGAUAAGGGAUCCGGCAAAGAAUGGUGCGAGAGUGUGGCUUGGAACUUAUGAGACCCCAGAGGACGCGGGGCUGGCUUAUGAUCGAGCUGCAUUUAAGAUUCGCGGUUGUAAAGCCAAGCUGAAUUUUCCUCACUUGAUUGGCUCGAGUAACGUGGAGCCCGUUCGGGUGACCCCUAAGAGGCGCCGCUCGCCUGACCAAUGCUCCUCGUCGUCCUCGUCUGCAUACACAUCCGAUAAUGGGUCUUCCAAGCCAAAGCGAAGAGAGGCCGGGGUUGAUAAUCACUUGGCAGCUUGA